UCUUCAAAAUGCCAGCGCUCGAAAGCUUUUCUAUCUCAGCGUGUUCGCUAAACACUAAUGUCUUCCCUUUGGACUACUCGCGGCCUUUUCUAAAGCAUGUCAAGUUUGAACGUACCUACAGUGGCCCCAUUUUGGAACGCGCGCAUGUUGACGGCGUGCAGAUCAUCGAGGCACGAGGAACUCCCCUUGAACACACCAUCAUGCAAGCUUUGUACGGAAUCUCCUCCCUUUCAGAAUCGCAGCAGCAUCUCCUCACUCAUCUUGAUCUCCGAUUGAUAUGCUCAAAGACAGAGCCAUCAUCUUUGGAGUAUUGGUACGCUGGCGAAGUGGCCAGCUGGUUCGCAAUGCUACCUAAAGGGUCUUUGCCCAAUCUGGAAGUACUCUUUAUAUUGGUUCCGCUACGCGGGCCAUAUAUAAACUAUUUCCUUGACAAAAUUUCUGCUGGAAAGCUCAAAACGUUGUGGUUUGGAAUGCGCUGGGAUGCUCUUUGUCAGUGCGGACAUGCGGCUCUUUAUCGUCUGGCUGAAUUCCGUUCUCUAGAGGAAAUAUUCCUGCCAUGCAGUGGCGACGAUUUUACCGUGAUAUUUGACCUGGCUAGAGCACCUCGUUUAGCUCACGUUCACUUUCAAAUCGAAAUCAAUAUCGAUGCUACGGGUCAGAUAGCCAAGAGAUGCGGAGCAUUCAUAAAGACUCUGCAGACGGUUUCGUGGGUUAAUCAGAUGACCAUAAGCUUGGAGCGAGAUACCGAGGGGAAAAUCAUCCGUAUGGAAUUCAGGGCUUAUGAAGAACCAGCUUGGCUCGAGUUCGGGACUGCAGCAAGUGGAUGGUGAGGAAAGGAAUAAGUUUCCAAUAUCAUCUUACUACGAUGCUUCGGCCCAAUGUAGAACAUUUUCGUUAUGUGUAGCAGCUUGCAUGUUACAAAUCAUUGCAAUACUAAGACGCUAGGACCCCAUUUUACGUUUAAACCGAUUCCGACUCAAUCCUCAUAGAUAUAACGAUGGGCUAGCAGUCUGUCUGUCAGUUGUCAUUGAGUGAGUGUGUGAUCCGCAUACCAUCUCCGUUCCUUCGUUGCACUCGCAUCUAGAUUUAAGUCUCAGCUGAGAGUCACCGUUCGGUUCCAAAAACUGAGAGC